AUGAUAGAUAGGUUCACGAGAUGGCCAAAACCCGUACCAAUUCCAGACAUAACGGCACAGACAGUAGAACAAAACUUUUUUAAGCACUGUUUAGCCAGAUUUGGUUGUCCUGUAAGAAUUACUACUGACCAAGGCAGACAGUUUAAGAGUGAUUUAUUCCGUGCUCUCUCUCAGCUACUCGGAAUUAAAAGGAUCAGAUCUUCUCCUUAUCAUCCUCAGGCCAAUGGCCUGAUCGAAGAGUUCCACCGCCCAUUAAAGGCAGCUUUGAAAGCCUACAACACGGAUCAGUGGUCUGCAGCACUACCCACCUUGUUUCUCGGGUUCCGGUCCGUCUUCAAAGAGGGUCUACAAGAGACGACAGCUGAGCCGGUAUAUGUCAAGUGUAUGCGACUACUGGGAAAAUUGUUAGAUCCAACACCUGGAGACGCAUCACCCAAGCAGGUCGUGGAGGACUUAAAACGCCAUUUCGCAAUGGUGAGGCCAGUUCCAACUUCCUGUCAUGGACAAAGAACAAUCUCUGUGCAUCCUCACCUCAACGUGUGUUCACAUGUAUUUAUGAGACAUGACGGUGUACGCAAACCCCUACAAGCACCAUAUGAGGGACCGUACAAAGUUCUUUUCAGGCGACAGAAAGCUUGA